GGCAAAAAGCUACCCUAAUUUUAGCUAAAAGUUACCCUAAUUUUAGCUAAAAGUUACCCUUAUACUACUCGAAGGAAAAAUGCUUACCACCAAAUGAGAUGAUGAUUAAACCCUGAAAACAUACACUUGUCACCCGUUUCAUUAGUAGUGUUCAUUAUAUCAUUCCUCCCCUUCUAGACUUCAUUCAUUUAUGUCUUUUCACUCUCAACUUCUCAAACGUAUGUUAAAUGUGUUGGUUUUGAAAAUUUGUGCAGAGUUGAAGUUCUAAAGUUGUUUCAUUAAAGCUCAAUUUUCUUAUACUCUUGGCUAAGCUAGCUAGCUUACUCUUAAACAUAAUGGAUACCUUGGAAUCAUGUGUUCCGCCUGGAUUUCGAUUCCAUCCAACUGAUGAAGAACUUGUGGGUUAUUAUCUCAAGAAGAAGGUCGCCUCUCAAAAGAUCGAUCUAGAUGUCAUCCGAGACAUCGAUUUAUACAGGAUUGAGCCUUGGGAUCUCCAAGAUAGAUGUCGGAUCGGAUAUGAGGAACAGAACGAGUGGUACUUCUUCAGCCAUAAGGAUAAAAAGUAUCCAACAGGAACAAGGACGAAUCGAGCCACCAUGGCAGGGUUUUGGAAGGCCACAGGAAGAGACAAAGCCGUGUACGAUAAGAGCAAGCUCAUAGGUAUGAGAAAAACCCUAGUAUUUUACAAAGGAAGGGCUCCCAAUGGCCAAAAAACAGAUUGGAUCAUGCAUGAAUAUCGACUCGAAUCUGACGAGAGUGGACUUCCUCAGGAAGAAGGCUGGGUAGUAUGUCGAGCAUUCAGGAAGAAAGCAAGCAUGCAACCGAAGAACAUGGAGGGAUGGGAAUCGAGCUAUGUUUAUGACAGUGAAUCUGCAAGUGGUGUGAUGGAUCCGAUAAUAAUCCAUAAUAAUAAUUAUAAUCAUACAAACAGAAACAGCUUCUUCCCAAAGAAAUUGCUAUGCAAGCAAGAAAUCGAAUCUGAAGCAUUAUUGGCGGCUAACUACUCACUUAUUACUGAUACUUUCCUACAACUCCCUCAACUUGAAAGCCCCUUGUCUACUAAGCGAACCAUCUCUAUUGUCUCUCAAAACAACAACAAUAGUAGCAACUCUACUACUACCACUAUUGGGGAGAUUAAUAAUAUGAAUAAGGCGUCCAAGGUGACAGAUUGGAGAGAAUUGGACCAGUUCGUGGCUUCACAACUAAGUCAAGAUCCAAAAACACUCGACGACCACGAUCAAUCUCUUAAUCGCCAUCUUUCGAGCUUUAGCCAUACCUCUGAUUUAGAGGCAUUGUUGCUUUUGCAUGGAGGUGAUGAGAGAGAAGAGGAGGUCAUUGAUGCAGGCAAGUUGAUAAGUGGUUUCAUAAGUACUUCAAGCUCUGCUGAUAGUGAUAAUAUUGGCAUAUGCAUAUUCGACAAAUUGAAUCAGGAUAUCAACUAAUAGCAAAAUAGAAAUACUUUACAUCCAUAUCUUUUAUUUUAUGCUAUUCUAUAUGUGUGGUGGCCAGAUAAUGCACCUAAAAAUGUAUGUAUACGGAUGUAAUACGAAUUCUUAUUGUAAAAUUCACUAAUUAUGCAUACAUGAUACGUAAAUAUAUAGCAUAUAGGUUAUAUUGAUUAUUACGGAGUACUUAUAUCCGUAUAACUGUAUAAGUUAUUUCUAUCAUUUUUUCACAGUAAAAUUGAAUAGAAGGCUAGGGAGCUGGAAACUCAAAACUUCUCUCUUAGAAAAAGGAAAAGGAAAAUUGUUGGAUCGUAAAAACGGGGCCCAUGGAUUGUCUAGCGUGCUGGGCACAAAUGUGGUUUAUGUUUGGCAUGCUUGUCUUUUUCAUACGAAGAAGCUAGUACUCGGUAUAAUACAACAACCCUCUUCCCCAAAUGGGAGGCCUAAGCCAAGCAUGGACUGUAUAUAUAUAUUUUGGCCAUUAAAAGGUCCUUGCUUGCAAUUUCUAAAUAGUUAGAGCUACUAGCUAGCUAAUGUGGAGCUACAAGGUUUGUAGUUUUGAUGAAACUACAUAGCUCUACAAAACUAUGUAGUUUCACUAUACCCAAAGCCACUUUAAUUUAAUUAAAAAAAAAAAUUAUUGUUUAUUU